CCACAAAAAAAAAAAAAAAAAAAAAAAAAAAUCACUGGUAAUGAAGAACGAUAAAGAGACAGACACAGACUCUGACAAGGACAAGCGAGCAAGCAGACACAGGUACGGAGGAGGCUGUAAGGGAUAACUUGUGGACAUGGACGUGUCUGUUUGAGCAGACAAACACAACACAGCAGGUUCACCGCAGCGGGGAGCAUGUCGACGGUAGAAGGAGCCAGGCAGCGAGAGGAAGGGGACUACGGAAGGGCGGCGAAGCGGCUGAAAACAGAGGAGAGGGAGACGGAGGAGAGAGAGGAGGGGGAGGAGGAGCUGGAGGAGGGGGAGGAUUCGGACACCGGCUCGCUGACCGGCAACGGGGAGUCGACUGCAGACACCCGGGCCCGGUGGAGUGACAACCAGUACGGAGCAGGACGGAGGGAUAAUGGUGAGGACUCCCAUCGCAUCUCUCCAAGCCCGGUGGUCCAUGUCAGGGGUCUGUGUGAGGCGGUGGUGGAAGCUGACCUGAUUGAUGCCCUGGAGAAGUUUGGAUCUAUAUGUUAUGUGAUGAUGAUGCCGUUCAAGCGUCAGGCUCUGGUGGAGUUCUCAGCCGUGGAAAGUGCGGACCGCUGUGUGUCCUGUGGUGCCAAGGAGCCUGUAUACAUUGCAGGCCAACAGGCAUACUUUAAUUACUCCACAUCCAAAAGAAUCACCAGGCCGACCAACGCUGAUAACCCCAACAGUGGCAACAAGGUCCUUCUGCUGUCCAUACAGAACCCACUGUACCCUAUAACCACGGAUGUUCUGUACACAGUGUGUAACCCUAUCGGCAGUGUGCUGAGGAUUGUCAUCUUUAAACGAAAUGGAAUCCAAGCCAUGGUGGAAUUUGAGUCCAUUCAGUGUGCUCAGAAGGCCAAAGCUGCUCUGAACGGAGCGGACAUCUAUGCUGGUUGCUGCACACUCAAGAUUGAAUAUGCAAGGCCAACACGUCUGAAUGUGAUUAAGAAUGACAACGAGAGCUGGGACUACACUAAACCAUACCUGGUCCGACGAGACCGUGGAAAGGGCAGGCAGAGGCAAGCCAUUUUAGGGGAACACCCAUCAUCUUACAGUGAUAACGGCUAUGGUCCACCCUGCCCCCUACUGCCUCUACCCGGCAACAGCAGAUACAAGCUCACCUCAGUGGACGUUCCAGACAUGGUUUCCUACCCUCUGCCCCAAUCAUCAUCCUCGUACUCUGGUCAUGCCCCCAGUUCUGUUGCCAUGGUGAGCGGCCUGCAUUCCUCCAAGAUGAACUGCACUCGGAUCUUCAACCUCUUCUGCCUCUACGGCAAUAUUGAGAAGGUGAAGUUCAUGAAGAGUGUUCCUGGUACUGCAUUGGUCGAGAUGGGAGAUGAGUAUGCUGUGGAUCGAGCCAUCACACACCUCAACAGCAUCAAGGUGUUCGGCAAAAGACUCAAUGUUUGUGUGUCUAAGCAGCAUGCAGUGAUCCCCAGUCAGGUGUUUGAGUUGGAGGAUGGCAGCAGCAGUUAUAAGGACUUUGCCAUGACCAGGAACAACCGCUUCAGCAGUGCUGGACAGGCCUCCAAAAACAUCAUCCAGCCUCCAUCUGCAGUGUUACACUACUACAACGUUCCUCCAUGCAUAUCACAGGACCAUUUACUGAGGCUGUGUACGGAGUAUGAUGUGCCUGGCUUUGUCAAAUUCAAGAUGUUUGAUGCCAAACCCUCCUCUAAGACCAUAUCUGGCUUGUUGGAGUUUGAUAGUAAGACGGAGGCUGUGGAGGUUCUUACUGUUCUUAAUCAUUACCAGAUCAGGAUACCCAAUGGGUCCAAUCCAUACACCCUGAAGCUUUGUUUCUCCACCUCAUCUCAUCUUUAAAAGUGGCAGAGCACUGGAAGAAUCUGCCGAGCCCGAUGACGGCUGACCUCUGACAUGAGAGGAGGGAAAGGGACCAUGAGAGGCGGACUCAAAGGAAAGGAAAGGAGAGAUAAACAAAGACAAGUAUGAAAGAAAAAGAGAAUGAGACAGAGAGAGCAAUAGAUGGAUUGAUAGAUUGAUUGAUAGAGAAAGAGAGAGAGAGAUGCCAUUUUAAAGAGAGAAAAAAAAUGGAAGAAAGCUGUGUCAAAAUCUCCAGGCUGAUCAUCACACACACACACACACACACACACACACACACACUUCUUACCAUCUUCAAUUCAGGCUGACAGACUUAAAACAGAAUAACGCAAAUUCUUUAAAAAUGGGUUUACAUUUUGAUGUUGGAGGAAACUACUCAUGUUACAUUUACAAUGCAGUGACCUCCUAGAAGUAUUCACUGGUAAACUCUAGUCUGGAGACCUCGAGUGGAAGACACGGACCCACACUGAUGAACUCACUCGAGUCUCUGUCACCCAUGAAACAUCUCUGUGCAUGGCACAUGGUGACUGAACUAAUGCUUAUGUGUUUAAAAAAUAGACAAAUACAUUGUGUUGUUUUGAAUUGUAACUGAACAUAUACAGUAAAUGCAUAUGGUUUUCAAGGUAUUCUCAUUAGAGAUCUUUGUCCUGAAAGAAGCUGGACCUAUUAAGUGGUCCUCCACUCCUUUCUGAAGCACUUUAGCUGAGUGACAUAUCUCAAAUGCUGACCAGUUAUUUAGUUUACUUUGGAUAUUCAUGGUUGGAAUCUAAACUUGAUGGUAACCCUCAAACCUAACUUUGACCUAUUUGUCAUCAUAAGGGGACUAUUUCCCAUCAACACAGUGGUCUGUGACAUGGUAUCAGAAAGCUGUCACGAUUGCAAUUCACAUGUUCAAUUGUAUGAAUUCUCUUGUUUAAAAAAACCCUCAAUGUUUUUUUAUCAGCCCCACCUCUCACAUUCACUACCGACUGAUAGAGACUAGACUCAACUAUGAAGCUCUGAUAGGCAGAUCGUCAUGACAUUUCAUUUGUACAUUUGUUGUUCUCAGAGGAUAAACUCUACUUUAAUGGUCUUGCCUUAAGAGCCAACACCAGGCCCACACAUCACUGGCAGAUUUCCUUGACAGCUGCCCAGUUUCUUUCAUUUUCCUAAUGAGAUGAAUCUUGUGCAUUGAAAUACUUCUAUGAACUUUUUAAGAGCAACACCUUCUGCUAAGUGAAUUAUAGAACACCUUAACAACACGAGUAACAAAAGAGGUGUUUGCAGACCAAUUGGAAAAAAUAGGACUAGUAUUUGUUGUUUUCUUUUUUGUUGUUCAUACUUUUUAGGUUAUAAUGUCAAACUAAGGUCUUUUUUUUUAACCUGGAGGCUUCUAGUUUGACAACGGUGGUACUUCAUGUAAAUGGCAGCAUUACAGAGGGCGGUAUUAAUGCAUGAAGAGGGUGGAGCUAAUAAAAAGACAAGGGUAAUCCAUGUAAGAAACUACUGAUGUGGUGAACAUUUCUCUCAACAUCAUUCUAUUUCUGAAAGUUAAACCUACAAAGUUUUAGCAGCCUUCCAUUUUGAUCUUAAUGAUGGAAUGCUGUAGCAUACAAUAAAUAUUAACAGUAUCGUUUCUAAAAGGGUUUACUCUCAUGUUUACACUAGAAUACAACUGUCAUGUGAUAUUUUCAAAAUGUUUUUGGGCUGAAAACAUGACGGAUAUCCGUCAGUCAGAAUUUCAAAUGUACCAGUUUGAUCUUUUUUUAUGUGACUUGCUGGAGGUUCACAAUGUUUUUCCACAUGGCAUGUAUGCUUGACUGUAUUACAGGGACUGUUGCAAUUUAGUUUUUGCCUAGGAGUUUGAAUUUUGUUCUUUUUGUAUUUGUAAAAAUGGAAAAGGUCAGCAGAAUAUUAAUAACAGGAGCACUUCAGAAUGAUAUGAACUACUUUGUGACACCUUACUGUCUCACUGUGAGAAAUCAAAGAGCUGCUGAGUUAACGACUCACUGUGCCAGUUCACUACAAUCAGAUGGGCGCACUGAGUUUUCAUGUUCGAUAAUAGGGGACAAAGUAUUUUGUCGACGGGUUGAAUUACAAACUUGUGAAAAAUAAAAAUAAAUAAACAGUUCAAGUGAACAACGUUGGGGUUGAGAGGUUUCCUCUGCACUGCCCUGCUAUUUGUGUUGUACAUGCUAAUUGUUGGUUUUCACUUUAUGUAACAGUUCAAUGUUAGCUGCUCAGCUGCAUCCUGUCUGCAUGUCACUUCUUUUAGUCUGUGCUCUUUAUACAGCAUCAUAUGUUGUUGGAAUAGAAAUGUAAAAACAGUCAGUUGUGCCAGAUACUUUGACUAGAGUUGUGGAUCUAAUUCAUCAAUUUGGCAAUACUGGUGUGAGAUCUUGUUCGUCCUAUUUUUCAGCAUUACUUCCUUAGUGUCUUGUAUUUGCUGUUUGGACAGACAUGAUGAGAGAUCAAUCAACCAGUGCACAGCAGUGGGCUUUAUUUGCACAUUGGCUUACUUGCCGCAAGUUGGUUCGACCUUCUGGAGAUAGUUUUAAACUAAGUCUCUAAUAUUGUGCAAAACUACUGUGUGACUAGUAUUUCAAAGUAGAGCAGGGAAGCAGCCUUCCAGUUCACGUUUUGAUUCACAUCUUACAAAUAAACAGGCCAAUCUGAACUUUAAGCUCAGUAGCUUUACAUUUUUUCUUUGCCAUACAAUAAGUCAGUGUCAGAUCUUCCAGAGUACGUUUUUUUUAGAAAUAAAUGAUUACUAUUUGCACUGCGCAUGGAAACUACUGAAAUUGCGUCAUAUCAAAGGACAUUUUGAUUUGUCAUGUUUAACUGCAUAUUCACCUUUUCUCUUGCAAUAUAUAAUUCACAUUGUAAUACUUCAAGAUUGUUUUUGUGGAUUCUCUUAAAUAUGUGAAUAGAUAGCUUCAAAGUAUGACGCUGCAUAGCUUUCUUUUAUAGUCCCAGAAUAGACAAUGGGCUUCUUUAAGGUCAUUGCUUUGCUGAAGCACAGGGACUAUCACAUUGUCUCUGUUUAAUGUGUUUCAUAUAGGACACGCAUAUUUUACAUAUCCAAGCCUUUCUUUCAUAAUUCCAGGAUCCAUCACACAUGUGGAUUAAGGCAUGCCUUUUGUACAUAAUAUGUUAAUAUAGGAUGUGAAGUGUUUGGACAGAUAAAUCUCACAUAGUGCAGUUACAUUAUUGCUUAACUAGAUGUUGUUUUGUACAUCUCUUACAUCACUGGAAUCGUAUUGUAUUUCUCAGAAAGUUUAAGUUUUAUUUAUUGUUUUAAAGUUUUACGUUUUUUUAAGGACUGAUGACUGUAUGACAGAUUCAUCAAUAUGCUAUGAUUUUGAGAUUGUUAAGAUUUAAUGUUGUUAAUAGUUAUCAGUAAGAAAACAUACACAGAAGUAUAUUGUUCAUUCAUUUUAAGAAUCUCUGUGGGUGUAACUUAAAUGUACAUGUUCAAACUGAAUAAAUUCUGAAUUUGGGGCUGUGAAGGCAGCUACAAACGAAUCAACAAAA